AUGUUUUUGCCGCAAAGCUAUGAAUGAUACUCCGUAGGAUGGCCAGCCUCUUCUCUUUAACCCGGUCACAGGCCCUCUUUCGUUUGGCAAGCGCCACCAAUCGAUCAGCGUGUCGCAGGAAUUUUCAACUGACGGCUGUAGGUCGACAGACCAGAGAUGACGACCUCUUUUCGUCUGCGACUCCGUCUGAAACCCCAGUAUCGGAGGCUUCGAAGUCCACCACCGUCCAAAAGGCUAAAUCUCAGGACGCCGCUACGCGUCGAGAACAACAGUUCUACGAACUUGUGGAGUAUGUGACCGACCGCACGGGACGCAAACGUGCUGUCAAAGCCGGCCAAGUGCGGCAAACUGCGUGGCUUCGGUUGUUCCAGCUCGCAAAAUCGUCGGAACAGCUGGAAAUGGUAGCAGAGCUAUUUCCGAGGUGGAGAGACUCGGGCAAGGAGUUCCGCUCCAUACACGCAGAGGCUUUCAUUCGUCGCUGUGAGGAACUGGAAUGCCCGACACUCGCACUCAAGGUUUUUGGAGACCAUUCGAAAUACGGUCUGGGUUUGAGCUCUCUCUUCGCCGGCCGACAUAUGCUGCACUCCGUCUAUGACAAGCGCCCGCUUUCGGACUCUAUGACUGUCGCAGCUCUAUUUGGUGUCUACAAGCUCCCACCUGUUUCAUCUGACCUCGCUGCUUGUUCCAUGCUCUACGUUGCAUGUCUCAAAGAUAAUUCUGCAAAUGCGCGUGUCGUGGGCAAGGCCUUGUACGAGGAGCUCCACAAACAAGUCCAAGACAAACCUCCUGUCAAGGCUCCACAAGAAAGCGCGAUGAGGGCAAGAUAUGCUGAGAAGCCCAAUAUUUGGUUGUUGGACGCCCUCAAGACGAUCGAGAAGGUACACAAAAAGACGGGAAAGGAGUGGAGGUGGAUACGAUACUGGACAGCAGAGCGUGAAUGGCGUCCUCGCAAUACUUUUACUUCCUUGCAACCUGCAACUACCGCUGACCACGCAUAAUCACAGCUCCUUUAAUCACCAGUCGAAUGUAAUGGAUUUCGUUUUAGAGCAGCAGCUUGUUAGGCUUGGAGACCCGCCAGACACGCUUCCUACUCUGCAUCUUUCAUAAACAUUAACCGUUGAUUCCGUCUAUUGAAUUUGCGAUCGUUGUAUGUUUCUUUAUCUAAGUGAUGGCGUUGCGCAUCAACAG